AUGUCCGGAGUUGCCUCAAUUCUACGCGCGUUAUCCGGGCGGCGUACAGCGACGGAGGAGGCUCGGCAGCUCGUUCUCUCCAUCAUAUCCUCGCAGCAGACACCGCCCACCGCGCACGAAAUAUACAAACUUGCGGUGCAGCAGGAGUUCGCCGCAAAAGGCGAGAUUCUGCAAUCUCCUGCGAAGAAUGCUGCUGCUGCGAAACAACACUCCACGGAGCCGCCAUAUCCGACGCAUAUAAUCAGGUCAAUGCAGCACCUGAAGCGCGUCGUGCUCCGCUCGCUGGUUAACUCGAACGACAUCCAGCAGGUGCACAAGAUCGAGGCACUACCAAAAGAGGAACGCGCGAAGCGUCUGCACAGCCUCUCGCGUUCAGGAAAGAAACAUGCUGACCACACCCUCGCCCCGGUGAGUAUAUGGCGGUGGCAGAUCCUCACGAACAAGCCUGUACCGCCGAAGCCCAAAGAGAAGCCCGUUUUCGGGAAGGAGGUGGGCGUUGGGCAGGAUUGGUCGCAUCUGAACAAGCGGCGGCAAAGAUCACGGAUAGGCAGCGUGAGACGGGAUGUGCGGUGGUUGUGGGAGCUGGAGAACGCGAAGACUCAGAGCAAAAAAGCAGUUAAUGUUGAUGCUAAUGCUACUGUUGACGCUACCGCUACUGCUACACCUACUGCUACACCGUGA